AAAAACAGAAAAACGAAUUUCAAUCUAUAUUAGAAAAAUAUAAUAUUGAACAUAAAGCUGAAAUAAAAUCUAUAUUACAACAAAAAUCGAAAAAAAUAUCACCACCUAUACCACCAAAAAAUAUAGAUGAAAUUGGUAGUGCUAUAUUAUUAAAAGAAUUAUAUGGUAUGGAAUAUAGAGAUGGCCCAUUAGUAGAUUUUAUAGAAACAUAUAAAAAGUGUAGUGAUGAUAUAAAAAAAACACAUAAUGAUAAAAUAGGAAGAGUGGAAAAAGGACUGAAUGAAACUUGUGGAUCUGUGAACCAAUUAAUCGAAGAAUUUCAAAAAAUAAAUAUAAAUAAAGAUAAUACUGUGAAAUCUAAUUUUACUCAAUUUUAUUUUACACCUCUUAAAUCUUUAUAUCAUCAAUAUGAAGAUGAUGAUAAUAGUGGGUAUGAAGAAGAAAACGGCAUAUGGCUUGAUAAUGAUUCUAAAAAAAAAAACAGAUAA